GGUCUCUUCACACAGCUCCUCUAAAGCCACAGUGACGAGUGGUACAGAGACAGAGGGAACACAGAACUCUACAGCACAUCUUUUUGGAAAUCCAUCCUUCUGAGGCAGCAGCAAUGCAGCAGCUAGUUUACCUCACAGUGACUCUGCUUCUAGUCUGUUUUGGAUGCUACACUGAAGGACAGAGGCCCAUUAAGUCAACACUUACUGUUCCAAAUGGCGCACCCUGGGGUGAAUGGGCCCAGAAAGAAAUGUGUCCAAAGGGUUAUUAUGCUGCAGGUUUCAGCCUUAAGGUUGAAUACCCAGUAGAUGGAGAUGACACAGCGUUGAAUGGAAUUCGUCUUCACUGUGUAAACUCAGCCAAAGGCAGAUCACAGUAUUCAUCCUACAGAACAGUAACGUCUGGUACAGGAAGCUGGGGUACCUGGACAAAUAUUAAAUGGUGCUGGUCUGGUUUGAUGAAGAACUUUCAGCUACGUGUGGAGUCCCCCCAAGGAAACGGUGAUGAUACUGCUGUCAACAACGUAAGGUUCCAGUGCACUGCAGGUGGGGAGAUUACUGGUGAAGGCACAUCCUGGGGUGACUGGGGCGGCUGGAGCAAGUGGUGCUCAGCAACAGGGAUCUGUGGCAUCCAGACGAAAAUCGAGGGAUCGCAAGGAUCUGGAGACGACACCAGUCUGAACGACGUCCGAUUCUUCUGCUGUGAUUAAAGUACAGAGAAAUAUUGAAGGCCUGCUGUUGUAUUAUACCAAAUUAAAAAGUCUGAAAGUCCGGACCAAACAAGGUAGUUGUGAAGGCUUUAAAAGCUUUUUCCUCUCAUAGCCUGAAGGCAACAGGUUAUAAAUGGGGGUUUUCUUUAAACAACACAUUCAUAAAAUGUUAAAAAUUGUCCUUGUUGAAAAGUGUCUUAUUAAAAACACAAAUGUGCUCUAAUAAGCUUUUUAAAAAACUUGCUCGUAUAUAAAAAAAAUCUAUUCACUCACAGUAGUCUAGCAUAGCUUUGUGCAAUGUCACAUCUUGCUCACAAGAAACUCCUGUGUGAGUGAGGUUCAGACUUCUACAAUGGCUUCAUAUUAAUAUAUAAAAAAAUUAACACCAGUUUUGAUGGAUGUUUUUCUAAUGUUCCAGGUAUCCACUGUCUUUUAAUCCAAAUUUAUGUGUGAUAAACCCAAAAAUACAUUGUCAUUUUUUUCUUCUGCUUGUUUGUUUCUUUCUCUUUCUGUCUCUCUAAAUGUGCUCUCCAGAUUUUUUUUUUUACCAGUUUAAAUAAAUAUGCUUUAUACUUUAAA